AUCCAAGUGAAAGUCACGUGGAUGUAGUUCAAGUGUUUCCAUAUAAUUGUUCUCAAACGAGAAAAAUCCACCCGGAGGCCCCCGUCGACGUGAAAAUUUUCCUCAACGGGAAAAUUCGAAAACAAUAGUGGAAAAAUCCAGUGCUCAAUUGUCACAGUCUCCCCUUCAUUACACUUCUGACGUAGACCAGUGAAUGUAUAGGACUGAUUAAUACAGUAUCACUGCGCAGCUACAGGAUUUAACGACUGACCAGGAGUGCGCUCGCGCGGGACGACGGAUUUCCCGGGGAAUAGGGACUUUCCGGGCCUCGGAGCGGCUUUUUGUCAUCAUUCGCGUCAACACUACGGACUUAAACGCGCUGCUCAAGGCAACAGGUGAAAAACAACAGUGAAUUUGAACGUAAACUCGAGUUUCGUGAAGUUUAAACAAUUAAAGUGUUGAUUGAAAAGAAAAAUAAAUUAGAAAGGAGAAAAAAAAAUUGGAAAAAUCGAUUUUUUCCGGUUCGAGAACCAGAUUUUUCCGGUAAUUUUGAGUAAAAUGAGUGUUGAAGACGCUAUCAAUUACAAGCGGAGCGACGACGAGGACUUUUACGCCCUCCUGGGGUGCGACGAAUCCUCCACUGCUGAGCAAAUAACUGCUGAGUACAAAAUACUAGCGCUCCAGUAUCAUCCCGACAAGAACGAGGGUAACAAGGAGGCAGAGGGCAAAUUUCAGCAGCUCAAGAAUGCUAAGGAGAUACUCUGUGACCCGGAGAAAAGAAGUAACUAUGAUAAAUGGCGACGCAGUGGGGUUGCUAUAAGUUACAAGCAGUGGGUCGGCAUGAAAGAGCAUGUGCACCAGUCGAUGCACUGGAGUACACCAAAGACCAAGGACAGGAUGUUACCUGAUGCAAGUGGUCCCGGUGGAUCACCAGGUCACGUAAGAGGCCAGCCAUCUAAUGCCCACCGUCGUGCCUCGGAGGGUGGUGCCAAUAUACAUUACGGUGCACGUCGCGACGUCAACUGGGACUCGCAGGCGUCCAGCGAGGUUGUCAACAAAUUCCGUAACUACGAGAUCUAAGGUAGACGGAUUGGAUUGUUUAAUUCACAAUCUGUCGAGCUGCGGUCCCCCCUGUUUUCCUCGAUAAAGCCCACGGUCGCUCGUCACGGGACAAAUGUUAAUCGAUACCCAGAGAAACAACACAUUUGAAUAAACAAAAAAAAGCCGUUUUUUAUGUCCUCCAUUACCCUAUCAAUUUAUCGAGAUCGAUACUCACAAAAGAAUUUCAAUUACCCAAAAUGUGCGAUUUAUUUGAUCGAACCAGCGAUUAUUGCGUGUCAAAAAUAUUUUUCUGUUUCCAUAAAUUAUUACUUUCAUUCUGUUGAAUAAUUUACGUGAGUCGGAGCGGGAAAAUUGAUUUCACGUGAGCCAUUGGCCCGAUAAGAUGCAAAUAAUCAUUAUCUUGACUGCGAUCCCCUGUUUUUCCCAAAAUGAGCCCACGUGUCCGACCGUUUCGUAAAUAGGAUAUCGAUAUCGAGGGAAAUAACGUGUUUCGAUGGGAGAAAAUGUAAUUUUUCAUUUGUAAACCUCAUUUGACCAGUAUUUUCAUUGGCAGCACAUGCGUUCUCCGAAAAAAAUAUUUUAGUUAUAAACACACUAUUUAUUCAAUCACCUAAAAUUCAUUAUCUCAUUUAAAUGAAUAAUUUCUUUGGGUCCAGACGUAAAUACUGAUUUCACGUGAACCAAAGCCCCGACAGGAUGAAAAUACAUAAUCACUCUCUUGGCUGUCAAAUUAAAAAGAUGUACGAUGAUAUCUAAGAAUGGAUUUAACAGAGUUAUUAGGACGGUGUCUAAUCGUUGUAUUCUAUUAAAGAGUUUAAAGAAGAAAGUUAUAUAUGAAUAUAUCACGAUAUUUAUCUGUAAAUCGGAGGAAACGGGCGUGUAAUCCAUAGUAAGAGUGCAUGCGGAGGGUGUGUUGAAUAUUUUUCUUGGGUUGGCUUGUUAUCGUGCAUGUGUCCCCAUUUUUUUUUCUGUUGCCUCCAGGAGGCUGAGAGUCUCAGUCGCAUCCUCUUACGAACGGUAAAGGGGACAGGGGGGGGGGGAGGGAGAGGGAUCCUGAGGGAUGGUUCUGAUAUUUUUCAAUAUUUUAUGGAAGUGAAUGUGCUCAUGUCUCGAGUUUUUUCGUUCAUUCGUGAGAAUUCAAAUUUAUUUUACUUGAGUUGCAGUCAGGCUUUUUAAAAAAUAUUGCCAUUCACGUAGAACGUGACAAUUCCCAUAUUCCUAACAAUCUCUAUGGGAAGAAUCUCAUAAAAUGAUGAAUUUUCACGUGACAUGGGGUGGAUUUAUUCAUAAUUUCGCUGAAAAGCCCAGAAAUUAUGGAAAAAUCCAGGGUUAUUAAACCCUUUCCCCUUAAACCACGAAUAAUUACCCUCCACCCUGGCUGUAUCCACUGAAACAGCCCACUUACCCCAUGCAAAUAUUCAAUAAACCCCUCCCCGCAUACAUGUCGCAUUGAAACGCAUCCUAUUGUCGUAUUCCAUUUGGGGCCACCAGGUAAUACCUCUUUUCCCACUGUGAAACUUUGUCGAUAUAAACUCCUCGUCGGUUGAGGGGUUCUAUGCUAGCACAUCCCACCUCAAUGGAGACAUUUACAUGUACACGGAUGAUAUAUACCUAGACAAAGACGAUUGUCUACCCUCCAGGAAGUGAUGGUAAGCGGGAAAAGCUCGAGAAAGAGAAAGAAAUCGUUAACAGUGAAAGAAAACGAGAAAGCUCUCUUCCUUAUUUCGAUUAUUUCGAGUGGUCUUGACAAUUGCAUAAUACUGUCAAUUUCCACUGGCCCUCACAACUGCAAUAAAAGAAGAUAAAAUAAAAAAACACUGAGUAAAUUACUGAACAGCUUCAGGUAAAUGCGACAGGUUCUGAUCAUCUAGGUCUAGUGGUAAGGAAAAAAUCGAAAAUGUCAAUCCAAUCUAAUUAAUUUUUCUUCGAGUCGAACUGCGAAUAUCCAGUCGUAAUUAUCGAUAAUUUCUUUUGAGGUAAACGUUAAAUAGUUAAUUAACAUUCGAGUUUUGAAUGGUAAUAGUGAAGGGCAGGGAAUACGACGAAGGGAUCAAAGACUCAGUGGAUCACAAGCUCUUGCAUUUACCUGAGCGCAGAACGAUAAGAGAUUGUCACUGUCGAUUUACCUCGAGAUUGAAUCGUCCUAAAGGGUAUUUCCAUGGAAAUCCUUCCGCUCUCAUGGAACAGUGAAUAUUACAUAUCCCUAUGUGAAGAGAAUUUUCAUGAAGAACGAGGAGAACAAUGAAGGAUGAAUAAAAAAUCCUCCAGUGGAUUAUUACAGCUCGAUGAAGUCAUUAAUACGGUUUCAAUUAAUUUCCCAUGGGUUUCAACUCAUCAGUGAGUGAACUGUGCAUUGAUAAAAAUUAAUAAUACUCACGACUCGUUUCACAUCGAGUUUAAUUACAUUUGAUGGCACUCGGUCGGUGGAAAAAUUCUCUUCAUCAAACUGGUGAUCCUGAUGUGUAACAUGCCUCCUGCGUCUAUAAAUGUAUUUUUCUAGAAAAAUGUGAUGACUAAAAUUAUUUAAAAAAAUAUGUACAAUUAAUAUAUUUGAAUGGGAGUAAUUAACGGGCUAAUGAGAGUUCGAAAAUUGUGGAUAAUUGAUUGGCUAGAUGUUGAAGUUAAUGUCGUGUAAAAUUGUUAGAAGUAUGAAAUAUACGAGGGCUGUUGCAUUCGAUGAAAUGGUGCAUUUGAAUGAAAUUAAACUAUUUAUUAAAUAAUUUUAUAUUCAUUUGAAUAAUAUUUUUCAACUCCCCUGAAUUAUUCAUUCGAAGUAAAUCGUUUGCUGUGGAAAAAUCCUCAUCCGAUGCGAAUGAAAGCGCAAAUAAAAAUGAAAUAAAACUGAAAACAACAGCUUUAUCAAGGGCUAUUUGAAUAAACUUAUUUAUUUCAUUCAAAUGAAUCAUUUCUAUUCGUGGGGAGUACUUCUGCGUCGAUUGGCUUGACUAUUAAAUUUUCUUUAUCAAAAAGUAAAUGUAAAAUAACAGAAAAAUUAAUUAAUGUUUAAUUUAUGUUUUUUAAAUUGUCGGAGCGAUUCUUCGCUGCAGAAGUACUCCGUUCCCUCGAUAUAUUAAGCUCCAAAAAAAGCAGAACGAAAACACACCGGAAAUACAUAAAACCAUUACAUGGAAAUCGAGGGGGUGAAAUAUUUCUGUAUUUCACCCUCGUAACUCCGUACCACGUAAUCUCGCUCGAGUAACAUUGUUCACGUAAACGAUAUUACUCAGCGAUUGAACGUUUACCCCAGCAUCUUCCAACACAUUCCACCAUAUGUAUCUGAAAUUGAGGAAAAAAAAAUCAAUAAAUGUGUUUAAAUAAAAAAGAA